AUGUGCUUGGACUGGAAACUUUAUCCCUCAGAACCAAAUCAUCAAGAAGAAAGCAUUGGUCCACUGACUUACAAGCUACGCCGCCAGGGCAGGGAGCAGGACAGCCGCAGGUGUUGCUGCAAACAGCAGAACCUGGCCUUGUAUAGCUGCCAAGUGGACAUCCAAGUACUAGAGUCCUACACGUGGCAUGGUAAUCCACCGUUGUCUGACGUGGCAACAGGUUUUGAUAUAUCUUUCUUCCCCUGCCGCCUAAAGGCAGAGGCGGUUAGUCCGCAUGCAAUGGAAGCAUGGCAAUAUACGUGGCUAUCCAUAAAGAGAGAAUGGGAGGUAAAGGAAGUGAUUGUUACAGUGAAGGAGCGGCAAUGGGGAUUGGUUUGGUUGGGGGUGGGAGCUCUGCACCGGUUGGGAAUCGGGUUUGUCAUCUCCAUAUUAGCCACUCUAGUCGCCGGGUUCAUGGAAGUGAACCACAAAAACGUAGCUUUAGCACAUGGGCUCAUUGAUCACCCGCAUUCUACCAUCCCCAUAUCUGUCUUCUGGCUUGUGCCGGAGUAUAGCCUUCAUGGGGUGGUUGAAGCUUUCAUGUCCAUUGGGCAUCUCGAGUUUUUCUACGACCAGGCUCCAGAAAGCAUGAGAAGCAGUGCCAUGGCACUUUUCUGGCUGGCAAUUUCAUUUGGUAAUUAUCUAAACUUGCUUCUUGUUUCCAUGGUGCACAAGUUUAGUGCUAAGCCAGAUGGAUCAAACUGCCUUAGAAACGACAACAUAAGCAAGGGGAAAUUGGAGUACUUUUAUUGGUUGCUCACGUUGCUGCAAGUCACUAAUUUUAUUUACUACUUGUGCUGCGCCAAAUUUUAUACAUAUAAGCCUCUCGAGAUCCAGAAAAAGGAAGGUAUUGGGAGCUCUGAAGAAGAUCAUGGGGUGGUGGAGCUUGUAGAUCGGGUUUGAUUAGUUGUAGUUUUAGGUGUAGUUGGGUCCAUAAACAGUUUAAAUAUUGCCCCUGUUUUGCAGUGUCAUUUCUUCGAAAUGAUUAUACUUGUAAAGAAA